CGUCUUCUGCUUGGAUUUUGAACUGAAAACAGUGGUGAUAGUUCCGGGAGGAGUUUGAUCCUCACGUUGUGAAGCGUCGGACGGAGAAUUUGCCUGCUGUCCGGAUGGGGGCUUCACGGUGUGGUCAUGGAGGCGCAAAUAGCGGCUGAGGCAAAUUCUAACCCAUUCAUUCGAUGAACGGUCGUCUGCUGGGCUUAGCUCGGCUUGUCUGCAUUGCAUCUACUUUGGCAGUGAAAGAAGAUAAACUGUGACAAAUCUGUAGAUUAAGAAGUCACCACUUUCUCUAUUAGAUCUGCAGAGUUUUGUUUUAAUUCAGUAACUUGAGCUUUGUUGUUGAGUCAACAUGAAAAUUAUAAGUUUGAAUAGACUUAGCUCCAAGUACAUUUUUGCCUCUGUUACUCUUGUUAUCAUUAUGCUUCUCAUUUAUGGUAUGUCGGAUGGAAACAAUACCCAUUCAAAAUUCAACUCUGUUAAAUCCAAGGCUCUUAAAAAUGCGAAAGCAAAUAUGAAUGCUGUAGCCUCAGAAGAAAAUGAGUACAUGACUCAGAGUCAAGCACACCUCCUAAAACAGCGCCAGAAGGAGGAACAACUUCUGGCUGGGAUUAAUAUGAAGAAAGAUACUCCUGCCGUGCAAACUUGGCGCGAUUCAGAACACACAUUGCAAUAUCGGGUGGUUCAUCUGGAUCUUAAGGGUGCACCCCCCCGAGUGUCUUAUUUUGAAGACUUAUUUCCCUUCUUGAAAUUGCAUGGAGCUAAUGGAAUUCUGAUGGAAUAUGAAGACAUGUUUCCGUAUUCUGGUCCUUAUUUUGAGAAUGUUUCUGCUUACAAUGCCUAUUCAAUUCCGGAUAUCAAACGGAUAUUAAGUUUGGCUAAAGAAAACCAGAUAGAAGUUAUCCCUCUCAUUCAAACAUUCGGACAUCUAGAAUUCUUUCUGAAACUAAAGCAAAAUAUUGAUAUGAGAGAGGUUUUUUCUAAUGUUGGGUCACUAUGCCCAACACAUAACAGGACUAUGAAGGUAUUACAUGCAAUGAUUGAUCAAAUUGUGCAUUGGCAUCCUAAUUUAAAAUAUCUUCACAUCGGGUCUGAUGAAGUAUAUGAGCUGGGGAAAUGUGUUCGUUGUAUGGAUAAAAUGAAACAAGAAACUUGGAACAGAGGUCAACUAUUUAUAAAUCAUGUGAAAAGUGUUGCCAAAUAUAUUCGCACAAAACACUCACAUGUAAUGCCCCUUGUUUGGGAAGACAUGUUUCGUUCUCUUUCGUAUACUGAGCUGUUUGAGUCCGGUAUAUCUCAAUGGGUGGAACCUGUUGUAUGGAACUAUCAUCCAAACAUACUAAUGCAUAUUAAUUCAGAUAUUUGGAGUAUGUAUUCUCACAAUUUCAAAAACAUCUGGAUUGCCUCUGCUUUCAAGGGAGCCACUGGACCUGACCAACUUCUCACUAAUUUUACAUACCACUUGGAAAACCACAUGUCAUGGAUGGCCAUUGUGGAACAAUUCAAGCAUCAAGUUAAUUUCAGAGGCAUCAUGAUGACAGGGUGGCAACGAUAUGACCAUUUUUCAGUGUUGUGUGAAUUAUUCCCUGUUGGUAUUCCUUCUCUCAUACUCAAUCUCUACUACAUUCAAAACUACAAGCAUACCUAUCCAGUUGAUGCUCCAUCAAAACUACUCGACCUGCUUCGGUGUGACGUCUCAUUUCCUCCACACAUUGGUGGAACAACGUGUGUAUUCCCCGGAGCUCCGGUCUUCAUUUUAGUUCAACGUUUUUUCCUCAUACAAAGGGAACUUGAGAAUCCCAUAACUGGGAUUAACAACCCUGUUGCUCGUGCAUGGAUGAGUGACCAAAACAUCAAGUGGAAUGUUUCUAAUCCUCAUCAGGUAGAGGCAGCUACUUCUGAAAUAGACCGCUUCAAGAUGGAACUCAUGAAUUUGAAAACAGAAUUUAGAAAUGCUGCUUUAGAAGUCUAUGACCAGUACACAAUAGAAGAGUGGAUCGAGGCUUAUAUUCGUCCAUAUGAAAAACGACUUGUAAAUCAAUGGAUGGCUAGAGAAAAAUUACUUCAGAGAAUGGAUUGGCCUAGGCGGCCAUUUAACUUUUAUAGAAAUCGAUAAAGUGAAACUUGCGGUGGUCGUGCCUUUGAUUAUACAAAUCACUUUCUAAAAUGUGUCUGUGAUGACAAAGAGAAGUUGUUAAGCACAAACAAAUUUGUACCUUUGUAGAAACUUAAAAUCUCUUUUUUAAUGCCAAAUUGAUGGUUAAGUUAGUUGUAAAUAAUGCUUUUUUUCCUCUUGAAAUUCAAUACAUGUUUGGAUUUUUGCUGUUUUGAAUUUCUUUUUUAUUUGUAUUUGUAGAUAUCAUUCAUUAUGUUUCUAAAAAAAUAGAUUGCAUGUUUCUACUUAAUUUCUCACAUCUUUUACUACUGUUUCACUGCGGUAAACAGUACAUUAUUAUGAGACUGAAAUAUGUUAAAGUAUGUGUGGUUUUUUAUUGCAACUUAUAUGUAGGGUAUUUCACUUUCUCACAUUUCAAAUGUAGUGUCGUUGUCCUACAAUUAUUAUUAAUUUAUGUUGUAUCAUGUUGUAUUUUAUUGUAAUUUGUAUUAUUUUGUCUUCUUCAUGCAUCACAUACUGGAAAAAAAAUUGAAUAAAGACGAUUAUUUCGAAUGGUCCUAUUGGGACAUCUCAA